AUUUUCCAGGUGUUGCGCUUUGGCUUAAUUCACGUACUCUAUGCAGCGAUCUGGAGUUUGCAGUCGUGCCGAUUCAACGCAGAAAUUCAUGACAAUACACUGCCGUAACACCUUCUAGCACGAAGCUUUACCGCCAUUGACGAUCUGCAGCGAAACUGUGUCGUCAGCUUGUCGCUACGCAUGCCUAUAGACGAAGGCUACACCCUGCUGGAAAGUCUGAGGGACUGGAUUGACGGCGACCAUCCAUUCGAGCUUGUUGACCAUAGCCAUUGCGUCUUCCUUCACGAUCCCGUCUUCACCGAACGAGAAAUGAGGUACGCUCUUCUAUACAUUAGUAACAAGCUUGCAAAACGGUCUCGCACUUCGACGAAGCGGACGACUUUGCAAGAAGGUACUACGCCGACAGAGUUGACAUUGACAACUUCUCCAUCACAUAUGGGGAGUGAGGACUUUCUAACCAACCUGCUUGAUGAGGCAAUGUGGCUAUACGGGAACAUUAGGAGUUCCACUUAUAAUAGUUUCGGGGCCAAGCUUGCACAGGAGCCGCUGGAAGCAGGCGAUAUGAGCAUGCCGUCGAAGAUGCGCCGCACGAUCGCUGCGCUGUGUCGCCUUCGAACAAAGGUAGAGUGCGACAACGCAAGACUGCGGCGGGAGAUAGUCAAACACCAGGACGAGGGCAUGGGUCCGGAGCAGGAUGCAGGCAAGGCAAGAGGCCGAAAGGAGGCGUCCGAGCGCAAGGACGGCGGGUUGUCAAUGCUUCUGGAAAUCCAGAUAAGCCCAGAAGCUGAGCAGCGUACUUCAUGCAAACUGCCGUUGAGUUGACCUUCCGUGCGAGGUUUUACCUCUUUCGAGGCUAAGUAGCUCGGAGUCGCGACCGACGUUCUCUCGGCCGUCGGAGAUGGUAAAUAUAAAGGAAUGCUUAUC